UUUCGCCGCCCCCACCCACCCCCCACAAGCUCGGAGGCUCGCUCGCUCGUUCCUCAGCCGUUGGCCGUCUCCACGAGUCCAUCCGCACCCGCGGACGGCAGGCAAACAACCGUAUAGGGGGCGAGGUUCUCCGCCAUGGCGACGGCGUUCAAGGCGUUCUUGAACAGCCCCGUCGGCCCCAAGACCACGCACUUCUGGGGACCCGUCAGCAACUGGGGCUUCAUCCUCGCGGGUAUGGCUGACAUGAACAAGCCACCUGAAUUGAUAUCCGGCCAUAUGACUGCAGUCAUGUGUGUGUAUUCUGGCCUAUUUAUGAGGUUCGCAUGGGUCGUACGGCCCCGAAACUAUUUUCUUAUGGCAACCCAUGCCUCCAACGAAAGCGUUCAGCUCUACCAGUUAUCUCGCUAUGCUAGGGCUCAAGGUUACCUAGAGAAGAAAGAGCCUGAGGCCCAACAGUAACUAUGGCCCAACGAACACUGUAGACACUAUUUAUGUAAGCAGAAUUGGUUUCGGGCAAUUUGUAAUGCAUGUAAUCGUACCUUUAUGCAUUAGUUACACUGUCGGAAUACACCAAAAUGGAAACCCAUAUGAUACAGAACGAGAUCCUUUGACAUAGGAUGAAUUAGAAGGACGUCAAUGUGCAUCCUCUGUCCAUGCCACAUCCGACAACUCUAGGCAUCAGAUUAUAGAUACUUUGCAUCUAUCAGACUAGCUGGAGGCCGUCCGAUAAGGUGCAUGAAGGUCGUCUGAUCUACUAAUCAAACCCACGCGAGAUUUGUUGAGUUAGUUUGUUAGUUGAUUGUUUUACAAUUUAUUCCUCCUUCCACCAGACUAUCCUGAAAAUAUACAGCCCAUACAGGCACCCUUUGUGUUUUUUCGAACGAGGCUGUUUAUAACAUUAUGACAAAUGUUACAUCAUUUGGCAAGAGAAGGAUGAGCUCCCGAGGAGACUUAUCAAGGAAACUGUUACAAGAAGGGCCUUUAGCCAACUUAGCUAAUUCAUGUGUAAAAGGGAAUUUGCACGCCGGUUGAUAGCAAUCACCAAAAAAUGCAGACGCAAGAUGUAAUGAUCGGCCUCCCUCGUUUAUUGUAUUGGUAACCUGCAGAUUGUCCAA